CUUUACAAUAUAGUCCUUAUUUGACUUUUAAAUGAAAAAAAUAUAACGUGAUGAUUCAGAUUGAUCAAUGCCUAUUAUUGAUAUAUAAACUUGUUAGCUCAUAUCCAAAUUACUUCCAAACCUUCUCACUCUCUCUUUUCUCAAAUGGAGGCUGAAAAUUUGAUGAAUCUUUCUCUACUCCAACGCAGAAACGGCGCCGUUUCACAAACCCUAGACUUAGAGCUCGUGUCCGUCAACAAAUCCUCCGAUGAUCCUCUUCCAUGUUACACCUCCCUCAAAGAUAUCCUCCCCUCCCCCUCCACCACCGUCGAUUCCCCUGCCAUCCCCUCCGCUGCAUCGGGUUCGGUUCCCACCAUCUUGAUCCGCAAUCGCCUUGUAAAGCAAGCCGCUUGCUCCUACCUUCAGCCUUCUACUCCAACUCCUUCCUCUAACCCUUCAUUCCUCCGCCGUGUCUCCUCCUCCUUCCUCCGCCUCUUCUCCGCCUUCUUUGAUGCUCUCCUCCGCAUCUUCCCAUCUCCUCAGAAAAUCUUUAAAGCUUAGUCAAGGACAUAGAACAGAGAGAAUUGAGAAACGAUUCUUACACAGUCUGCUUUCUUUUUCUUGAUUCAUCAAUAUUUUAUUUUAUUUUAGAACAAAUCGUGAAGGUAUUUGAGGUUCACGUUUACCUAAUAAGCCUCAGCUUGAGCCUUGAAAGUGGCACCAGACUCCAUGAUCAAUGUUGUUUAGCUGUAACAUUUUUUUGUUUGUUUUUUGAGUUAAUUAAUACAUGUGUAUUUUCAGUAGUUUAUCAGAUGGAAGAAUGGUUAGGCAA